AAUGAUAAAUAAGAAAUCAUCAACAAAAUAGGCAACAAGAAUGACAACACAGGCAAACGAUCAAUAAGAAGUAGUGACAGUAAGAUAGAUAACAAUAAUUUCAAGUAAAAUCAAUAAGCAUCUAAAUAUACUUUAAAUUAAAUUGUCGGUAAUGGGACAUUUGGAAUGGUUUAUCUGGUAAAAAGAAAUAUUAAUUCUAGGCCACAAAUAAUUAAACAAAUGAAAAAGUUGCUAUAAAAAAGGUGUUCUAAGAUAAACGUUAUAAGAAUAGAGAGCAUUUAAUAAUUUAAGAAUUGAAUAACCCUUGUGUUAUAAAACUAAAAGAGGCAUUUUUUACAUAAGGUGAUAAAGUAAUAACAAAUACAUUUAUAAAGGGUGAUGAUGUUUAUUUAAAUUUGGUAAUGGAUUAUAUUCCUGACACAUUAAGUAAGGUGAUCAGAUAUUAUAAGAAGGCUAAAUAACCUUUUCCAGCAGCUUUGUUGAAAAUAUAUAGUUAUUAGAUGUUUCGUGCACUCGCAUAUUUAGAAGGUAUUAGAUAGUUAUAUAUAAAAUAAAGGAAUUGGAAUUAGUCAUAGAGAUAUAAAACCUUAAAAUAUCCUAGUUGAUCCAAAUAAUCAUAUUCUCAAGAUAUGUGAUUUUGGGUCAGCCAAGAGAUUGUAAAAAGGAGAACCAAAUGUUGCUUAUAUUUGUUCAAGAUAUUAUAGAGCACCAGAAUUAAUAUUUGGAGCAACUGAAUAUACAACUGCUAUAGAUAUGUGGUCUAUAGGUUGUGUAAUAGCUGAAAUGACUAUUGGAGAGCCUUUAUUUCCAGGAGAGAGUGCCACAGAUUAAUUAGUUGAAAUUAUUAAAAUACUUGGAACUCCAACUGUUGAAUAAGUGAAAUAAAUGAAUCCUAUGCACAAAGAAUUCAAAUUUCCAUAAAUUAAGAAUCAUCCUUGGAAUAAAGUAAAUUCAUUUUAUAUAAUUUAUUAGGUAUUUUAAAAGUUUAAACCUGAUCCAUUGUUUAUAGAUUUGAUAUCUAAAAUAAUGUUGUACCCUCCUAGAGAAAGAUUGAGACCAUUAGAAGCUUUGUCUCAUCCUUAUUUUAAUGAAAUUAGAGAUGAAAAAUUUGGAAUUCCAAAUGUAAAGUUGCCUAAUUUCUUUGAUUUUACAAAAGGUAUAUCAAAUCAUGUUUAAUUAUAGAGGAAUUAUCGAUCUAACCUGAAAUUGCGUUUAAGUUAACUCCAUAGUGGUAUUAGUAAAAGAGAAUAUGAA